CUUGUGCAGCUGAGGGCUCCCCUAAACCUACCAUUAGAUGGACAAGAGAAUCUGGAAUGCCACCAUCAACAUAUGAAGAUCUCAGCCAUACUAUGAACAAUUACAGAAUCCUGGAAAAUGGAAGUCUCUGGAUUCAAAACAUCCAUCCCGAGAACAAAGGAUACUACUCCUGUCAGGCCACUAAUGGAAUAGGAAUGGGCUUAAAUAAAAUUAUUUACAUCACUGUUCAUGUGCCUGCCACAUUUUCCUCUCCGGUGCAGAAUGUGACAGUGGUUAAAGCUGGUGUUGCCACAUUGGAUUGUGUUGCAAAGGGAGACAAACCAAUUUCUAUUAACUGGUUUUUACAAGGACAGCCAUUUGAUCCAGCACAACACCCUAGAGCAGAAGUAAGUGAAGAGAGUCUGGAAUUCGGAGUCCAUUCAAGGCUCCUGAUAAAGAAUGUCAACAGAGAUGAUUCCUCCUCUUUCAUAUGUCAAGCUACAAACCACUUUGGAAGUGACCGUUCUGACUUCCAUCUCAUAGUCCAGGAAACUCCAGGGCCUCCCACUAACAUGCAUGUGACUGGUCACACGAGCAGAUCUGUUAACCUCACGUGGGACCAUUCAUAUGAUGGAAACAGCCCUGUAUCUGUAUACAUUAUACAGUAUAAAAGCACAAUGGCAUCUUCAUGGCAAAAGAAUGUGCAGCAAAUCAUAGUGGAUGGAGAACAGACAAGUGCCAGUAUUAAUGAUCUGCUCCCUGCUCAUACAUAUCACUUACGUGUACUGGCUAGAAAUUCACUUGGUGUGUCAAAUGGUAGUAGCAUAAUCACCAUAACAACUGCAGAAGAAGUUCCUGGUGGACCACCACGUGAUAUCCAGGUGCAGGCUAGGAACUCAGAAACACUCCUUGUUACCUGGAAGCCUCCAGAAGAACAUCUUCAUCAUGGUGAAAUAAUGGGAUAUUACAUUGGAUACAGAGCAGCAAAUUCAUCAGAGCCAUUCCACUACAAAACAUAUGAAGUAAUUCCUGGCAUGGAAUUAAGGAACAUACUGUCUGGACUUCGUAAGUUUACAGAAUACAGUGUACUGGUGCAGGCAUAUAACAGGGCAGGUGCUGGACCAAGGAGUGAAGAAGUUUUAGCAAUGACAGAUGAAGAUGUUCCAGGAUCUCCACCUUCAGAAGUCCACUGCACAGCCUUAUCAUCACAGAGCAUUUUGGUAGUUUGGUCUUCCCCUCAAAUAUCUGACAUAAAUGGGAUUCUCCUUGGUUACAGAGUCACUUAUAGAACUGUAAUGGAAUGGGAUGAUAUUUCAACUCCAUCAGAGCAAACUACACAGGUCCAGAAACUGGAAAUUUUUGGUUUACAACGAUACUGCAACUACAGCAUUGAGGUGAAGGCUUAUACAAGGAAAGGAGAUGGUGUUCCUAGCAAGCCCAUCUUCUGUAGGACUCAAGAGGAUGUGCCUGGUGCCCCAGAUGAUAUAAAAGCACUGGUGAUGGACUCCAGAACUCUCCUCAUUUCUUGGCGGCCACCCAGAUUUCCUAAUGGUGUGAUUAUCAACUAUAAAGUCUACAUACAGUCACUGGAUGGUGCUAGCUUGCCAAUGGAGCAGUUUGAAGUGCCACCAAGUCAGACACAUUACACUUUAUCACAUCUAUCACCACAACGGCGCUAUGAAAUGAAAGUUUCAGCGGCAACAGCUGCAGGUGAAGGUGUGCCAAGCACAAGUGUUGUCCAAGCACCAUCAACACACACACCUGCAAGAAUUGCAUCAUUUGGCCAUAAAAUGAAGGUUGCACGUGGGGAGGAACUACAGUUACCCUGCAUUGCUGUUGGUCAGCCUCCUCCACGCCGAGAGUGGUUCCACGGUGGGAAAUCAAUACAAGAAGAUGAUCAUCUCCGUAUCAAUUCUGAAUGGACACUUCUCAUUCCUGCUGUAAAAUUAAGUGAUACUGGAAAUUAUACAUGUUCAGCUGAAAAUGUGUUUGGAAAAGAUGAAAUAACUUACUUUCUGUUGGUUCAAGAGAGCAGGAACAAAGGCAUUCCCUUAGCACCGACAGACUUUGAAGUGUCAAAGUCAACAGUCUCUAGCAUUUCAUUGUCCUGGAAGUCCUCACUGUCAACCACAAAUACGGUUCAGGGAUAUUACUUGAAUUACAAAAGGGAAUUUGGAGAAUGGGAGAAAAUAAAGUUGUCAGCAGAAGAGAAUGAUUUCACUCUCGAUGGGCUCCAGUGUGGAACUAAGUAUCAGUUCUAUCUCCAAGCUUUCAACCAGCUUGGUCAAAGUGCACCCUCAGAGACUAUUACAUCACAUACACGGGGCACAGCACCAAUAGCUCCAAGCAAAAGUCAUUUGAUCAGGGUCAACUCUACAUCCAUAUCAUUGAAUGUUGGAUCAUGGGGGACAGGUGGCUGCCCUAUUACUACUCUAGUUGUUGAAUACAAGCCAAGGCAGCAACAUGAGUGGACAUUGGUCUCUAACAACCUGAAAUACCAGCAGAUUGACUUCCCUGUGCUUGACCUCAGCCCUGAGACGUGGUACACACUUAGAAUGACAGCACAUAACAGUGCUGGAUCCACUGUAUCCACUUACGAUUUUAUCACUCUUACUAAUUCAGGUGCCAUUGUGGAGCCAGACUUAAUAAUUCAUUCAGGUUACAAGUACAACCAUUUUUAUAAUGACCUUGGUGUCAUCAUUCCAGUAAUAACAUCUUUGGUAACAGUCAUAGUUGCUGGUAUUGGAAUAUUUCUGUAUUUUCGAAGAAAGCAAGAAUCACUUCCUGACAAUAAAUUUGUAGGCACAACAUCUGAGAAGUCAUGUGAUAUGGCUCCAACAGGGGGCACUUCUGCAUGUACUGACCAGAAAGUUUCUGGAUGUACCAUGAUGCCAAGCAGUCCCCGAACGGCCAGUGGGGACAGAGAAGAACCACUCUACCUACCUGAACCAGUGCCACCAGCUGCUCCAGCAUCCACUGACACUGUAAAUCCUUAUGCUACAUUCAGGUUGCCUCCAGAUGCUGAAAACUUGCCUGCAUAUGACAACUACAGUGAUUCUGUAUACAUGAAAAUAAAGAAGAAGUCACAACAAAUCAAUGCUGAUGGAGACUGGGUACCACUCCACAGUUUGUACCAGGCCCAUAGAUACUGACAUUAGCUGCAGUUAGGACCUUCAGUGGCGAGAAAGAGUACAAACAGCUGAAAAUGUCAGCACACCAUUUCCAAAGUGCCUUUGUUCCAUAUACUUGUAUGUAGAAGAAACUGUGACAGACAGUAGGAAUUGCUGUGACAAUAAAUAUUUCCACCAGAAGACAAAGAAAGAUUGCAGCCCCUUUACUCAAAAUGAUCUGAAUAAGGCCUGUCUUCUGUUAUUAUCUGAAAUCUCAUAUCAGAUCUGGAUGACUUUACACAAAACAAAUGCAAUGCCAGGAUUAUCUUUUUAUAAGGAAUUUCAAUAUUGGUACAUACAAUGAAGCUAUAGCUGUGAGCUGCAUGACAUUUGUGAAGAAGUUAAAACUGGGACUUUUUUGCAAUCAUCUACAACUAUCAUUGACUGGAAUGUGUUCAACUGCUCUCCACUCCAUGUUGCUGACCUCAGUAAACAAGAACAAAUAUUUUUGGAACUAAAUGUCAAUACAUCAGUCUGUAAUACUUCAUUGUAUUUUCACCAUACAGCAGUGACAGACUGGAAAGACAU